UCUACUUUCCAUCUACCACGUGUUGCCGUUAUUCGCGAUAUUUCCUUUCGAUAAUGAACAUAUAAAACAAAAAUAGUAGACGGAAAAGUGCGGUUUAUUUUUGUUAUUCGAGAUCUUAAUUAAACAAAUGAAAAAUUAUCGACUACUCUUCCCGAAAAACACAAGGGUAAUAAAAAUGAAAUGUAGGUAAAAAGGAAAAAAAUUAAAUUAACAAGGAAAGUUUUUAAAACUGUGUAAUGAUAGACAUACAAUUCGGAGUAUUCCAUUGUAGUUAGGUAGAUGUAAUGGAAUCCUAGCAUUUUUACUGACUUCUAGGAGAAUGUUUUCUAUCAUUUUCAAAAAAAGUGUCUAGUUCGAUAAAUAAAACCCAAAAACCUAUUCGUGUGUAAAAAGAAAAGUGCUACUAACUUAAACGAUGCUGGAGAUGGAAAAAGUGAAUAAAACACGUUAUAUCGAGGACGAGAUGCCGCCUCAUGUGUAUGAAAUACUUCACGAGUUUCUUUUGGGAGUGAACGAUAAAGACUUAGACCUUCGCCAACCCCAUAUGAGACCUUCUAUGGCGAACAUUUACGUGUUUUUUCUAUUUAUAUACGCGAUACUGAUAGUGGUUGGGGUACUUAUAAACCUGGCGGUACUACUGCACAUUUUUAGGUACAAAUUGUACCAAGAACCAACUUAUGCUUUCAUGGUGAAUGGUUCCAUUAGCGACAUUCUAAAAUGCAUCGUGGUACUACCAAUCAGCCUCUACGUGUUGCUAAUACAGAACUGGGUCCUGGGGGAACUUCUUUGUUCGUUUCUACCUAUGGUCCAGGACAUACCCCUUCAUUCGAGCACUCUAACGUUUGUGCUAAUGGCUUGGGACAGACUUCGUUACGUCCGAAAUCCUGGAAAAUCCAGGAUGCCCGCAUUUGUAUGUGCCGUGGGAACAUGGCUAACAGCCUUAUGUCUAGUUCUACCCUAUCCAAUAUACGUUACUUAUGUUGACAUAGGGAAACAUGUGCCAUCUUUUGAAGGGGUUGGCAUUUGCAUCGUCAAUUUAUCGGACGACAUGCAAGAGUACAUGAGGGGUAUAUUUAUAAUAACAUACGCCGGUCCUCUCGCGACAAUUUCCUAUUUGUACGUUAAAGUAUCCAGGGAGUUAGAAACGCAAGAAAAUUACAUUGCCCUGAUGAUGGAGGUUCGAAACAGGGAAGGCAGACACCGAGUUGACUCUCAUUCAACCGCCACAGACUGCAGGGCGAGUAGGGCGGGAUCUGAUGGCACUUCGCAGUACAGCAGAUCCAGUUUUCGGGAUCAUUUCCGUAAUAACAGGGAUAAUUUACAGCAGCUUUACGAUAGCGAACUGGAUGUCGUGAAAGAGCGACGUACGCAGAAAUACCUUGUCGCAACCGUAACCGCUUACGGUAUCCUGCUGUGCCCCCUGAUGGUACUCCGGUUGGCAAGAUUAGCUUUAAUUGAAACCUACGACAACACCGGCCACUUUGACAUCACCUACGCCAUUCUUGUCUGGGUCGGAUUUCUACCCACCUGUUCCACACCAGGCCUCUAUUUUCUCUGGCAAAUGAAUCGGCCAACUAAAGAACGCCUCCGGGGUUACUUCCGGUUCAGCAAUCGGAAACUAAGGCAGUCAUGUGAAGCUGUGGUAACUAGCACGAAUGAUGGUGCUUCAAAUAGACGUUCGAUGCCAGCCCGUCAUAGCUCAUAUCUCGAUCCAAGAAGGCAAGAUCACGAUCAAGAUAGCAACAGUAACACCAGCAGUAUUCAGGAAUUAACUUGAGAUAUGGAAGAAAAAGUUCUACUAGUUCAAACAACAAUCCACUACAAAAAGAAGUUCGUACUACCAUUAGACGAUGAAGCAUGGAAUUGAUGUUACCAAAAAAUACCAACAGUAUUAUCUAGCAAUUAAGCUGUUCGAUUAAAGUAAUGUAAUGAGUUUUAAUUGUUAUUGAAU